GUUUCAGUUGGUAAAAAACAUUAGGGUUUUUGGAAGGGGUUUUAGGGCAAUUGCUCGCAACCAGAAACCCCCAAUUCUCCUUCCAAACCUUCCAAAUGCUUCGCUCCAAUGGCGUUAGGCUCCUUCGAUCUCUGCCCACAAAACUCCUCCGUCCCGCCAACGAGCCCAUAUAUGAAGGAGUGUGCCGAAGGGGUUAUAGGACGUUGAGUUCAGGACUUUGUAAUCCAUCCAGAGUUAUGGGGGUUUUUUCUCCAAAUGCUGGCGACAGUGUUAAUUUGAAGAAUUGGUUGCUAGUUGGAGCAGCAAAUAAAUAUUGGGGGACAUCUAGAUUCAUUCAUGGGUCAGCAUCAUUGGCGAGAGACUAUUAUGAUGUGCUUGGUGUGAGUAAGAAUGCAAGUUCUUCUGAAAUAAAGAAAGCAUACUACGGGCUUGCAAAGAAGCUCCAUCCUGACACAAACAAAGAUGAUCCUGAGGCUGAAAAGAAGUUUCAAGAAGUUUCAAUUGCAUAUGAGGUUUUGAAGGAUGAGGUAAAACGCCAACAGUAUGACCAGAUUGGCCAUGAUGGGUUUGUAAACCAACAAAGCUCUGGUUUUGGAGGCAACAGUGGCUUUAAUCCAUUUGAGCAGAUAUUUCGUGACCAUGAUUUUGUCAAGAGCUUUUUUCAUCAGAAUAUUGGUGGAGAAGAUGUCAAGACUUUCGUUGAACUAUCUUUUAUGGAAGCUGUCCGGGGAUGCACCAAAACUAUUACAUUUCAAACAGAAGUGCUUUGUAACACUUGUGGUGGGAGUGGUGUACCACCAGGCACCAGACCUGAAACCUGUAAACGCUGUAAAGGGUCAGGAGUGAUAUUUGUACAAAAUGGCAUAUUUAGGAUGGAGAGUACUUGUGGUACAUGUAAGGGAACUGGCAAAAUUGUGUCGAAUUUCUGCAAGUCAUGCAAAGGUGCAAAGGUUAUCAAAGGAACAAAAUCGGUCAAAUUGGAUGUUAUGGCUGGGAUUGACAACAAUGAAACUAUAAAGAUUUAUAGAAGUGGGGGUGCAGAUCCUGAUGGAGAUAACCCUGGUGAUCUUUAUGUUACUAUGAAGGUCAGGGAAGAUCCUGUCUUCCGUAGAGAAGGAUCUGAUAUUCAUGUAGAUGCUGUCUUAAGUAUCACUCAGGCUAUUUUGGGCGGAACCAUUCAGGUCCCAACUCUUACUGGAGAUGUUGUUCUUAAGGUUCGACCUGGCACCCAACCUGGUCAGAAGGUGGUUCUGAAAAAGAAAGGGAUCAAGACAAAAAAUUCUUACACAUUUGGAGAUCAAUAUGUUCAUUUUAACGUUAGCAUUCCAAACAACCUGACAGAGAGACAGCGGGAAUUGAUUGAAGAGUUUACAAAGGAAGAGCAAGAUGAUUUUGAUGAUAAACAGAGAGCUGCAUCUGCUUCUGGUUGAAACAUUGCAAGAGUUACCAAUUCACGCUCAACUAGGCGGGUGUUGAAGUUUUGUAGGAUUAAGGAUUUGUAAUUUUUUUUCUCUCUUCCACUUUUUGGAGUGUACUAAUAUUUCUCAUCUUAAGUUAUGAUCAUAAUUCAAAAUUUUAAUGUUAGAAGGCAUUCCCUCUAUAGGCUAGUAUUCUAAUAGGUGCUGUGUAUAUAUUAACAUAAGGGUGCAAGUCACUAAAUGUGAUUCUUUUUCCUACUAUCACAUGUAAAGGAACCUUUAUCGUUGGGCCAUGGUAAACUAGAACAUAAUUUAUGCGUUGUAUCAUCUUAAACAUUAAGCAAUAUAUAGUCAUUUUUUGUCUCUGGA